AUGAAAUUUAUGAUGACAAUCUUAGCAAUCAUUUUAUUCAUAUUAUUCGUAUCUUUCGAUAUUACUCAUGCUGCUACAUCAUGUUAUGCAUGUAAUCCUUGUGGAACAACAUGGGAUCCAGCAGUAGCUACUAUAGUUCGAACAACACGUCCUAAUGAUUAUUGUCGUAAAACCAUAACCGGAAGUCUUGUUGUAAAAGAUUCAACAUCAAUAUGUAAUCCAGUUAAUGUUCUUAGUAAUGGUGUUUAUUGUUGUCAAAUAGAUUAUUGUAAUAAAGCAAAUAAAUAUUCAUUUCAACUAAUUAAUCUUGGAUUUUUAAUAAUUUUUAUAAGGACAAUUUAUUGA